AUGUUCUCUGUGAUGAUCUGUCAGAUCACGCCGGCUGUGCUGGAGAGAGAUCCGCUGGUGUAUGAGGACGUUCUUCUCAUCGGUCAGGAGAAUUGUGUGGAGGACUGGCCUGAAAACAGUCCAGAACUGUCUCCAGACUGGAAACCAGCUGGCAGGCUCACGCUUCGGAGAGACUCUGUUCGGAUUCCAGCAGAGGAGCGUCCCAAGAAGAGCGGGAGGCAGAGUCUGGGGACGAGACUGAGACACUCGCUGCUCAUCAGGAGGAGCUCAAAGGAUAAAAGUGGAGAUGAAGUGAAGAGCUCCGAGACGAACACAAACUCACUGAAUCGACACUCAAAGCUCAUUAACAGCACGGAGGAGUUUUUCGCUCAAGAUGAAGAAGAAGAGCAGAAUGAACCUUCUGAGUAUAAAUCGAAGAAACCAUCAAAACCCAAGAUUAUUACACACCGCAGAGGCUCUAAGGUGAAAUCUGAUGAAGCUCCACACUAUAAGGAUGAUUUAACAUCCUCAUGGAAGCACGCUGAUCUCAACGCUUUGAGAGAGAAGAAAGCAGAAGAUGUGGACUGCAAACCGAAGCAGUCACAUAAAUUCAUGCCUACUGUGCCACACCGAUCAUCAAAGACCCCAGAGAUCGACACACAUCUGGAUGAUGAAGAGUCCAGCGCAGAGGAGACUGAUGGACAGAAAUUGAAAAAGAAAGUGCGAGUUAAGUUUGUUCCACGCAGAGGGUUUGUCAUCGGUCUGUCCAGGCAUGACAAGGCUAAUAACCCAACCCAGGAGGAAACACCACAUCUGAAGGACGGUGAUGACGCUGAGCUGAAGGGAGCUUGUGGAUUCACUCCUCAUCCUCAUCUCAAGGACGACGAGGGCUUCGAUGACCUGAAGGGAGAGUUCGGUUACGAGUUCAAGAGAGACACGUUCCUGAGAUCUGAAGCUGGACGCAGUUACUCACCCAACCAGAUGGUUUAUUCCCAGACAAUCUGAUGUUCUGCUCACUUC